AUGCGUGUUACGAAUAAUAAUAUUGUUCAAGUCACCGGAUACUGCCGUUGCUUAAAGACAAUUGCGGCAUCAGAUUAUGUUCCUACAGAAAAAGGAAUUCAUUAUGUUCAGUUGACAUAUAACUGA